UCACACUUGCGCAGGACAAAGCUUUGGUUUCCUUGGGGAUAAAGAAACUCAAAAGACAUGUUUGAAUAAUCAGCCUGUAAGAAGCUAAAUUAUAUAUGUAAACGAUAUGUUUCCAGCGGCGCGGCAAUGAUUAAUCAUCUGCGAGACAGCCUGCGGUUUCAUUUGUCAGGCCCUUAAAUACUAUCAGUGAAAAUGCCGCUAUUUGGAAACACUUUCAGCCCAAAGAAGACUCCUCCACGUAAAUGUGCUUCACUGUCGAGCCUUCACACCUUGGAUCGUUCACUGAGGGAAGUGGAGUUGGGCCUUGAGUGUGGACCUCCUGUUAUGAAAAUUGAGGGCCAAAGCUGGAAAUUUGACGGAGGACAUUGGACAACAGAAUCUGGAGGAACUGUAUCUAAUAAGGAAAUGCAGAGACUGAAGAAAAAAAAUGAACAGCUUCAAGAGGAGAACAACCUGCUGAAACUAAAGAUUGAAAUUCUCAUGGACAUGCUGACAGAGAUGGCAGUAGAUUAUCACACGAUGGAGAACGAAGUAGAGGAAAUAAAGAAUCAACAUCGAAGGAACAAAUAACAAAUCUGCUCUGAUGCAAAUGUUGUCAAAUUGUUUUUGUAUUCAUAAAUAGUUUGGAGCAAGUUGUCAAAACUUCAUUUCAUUAUUUGCUCAUAUGUGCAGAGAAUUGUAGCAGUGUACAAUUUUUUUUUUUGGGGGGGGGGGCAUCCUUUUUCACAAAAAUGUAGUGUUUGUAUCAUAAAGGUUUUUCUUUCAGUGGACCAACUGAAAAUCAAAUUUGAACACUUCAAACAUUCCCAUUUAAAAAAAAAAAAAAAAUCUGAGAUUUGCUUUUGUAUUAAUCCAUUAUUAUAUUAGGACCCCCCCCCCCCCC